GCCAUAUUUCGAUGAGAACAGAAGAAAAUGUUCCUCUUUGUCACACUGCACAUGUUACUGGAAUAAUGCUGUUAUUCUCCCCGGUGCACAAAUAAGUGUCCCAGGCAUGAGCUGUUACUGUACCAAUGGAAGUGUCACAUGUAUACCUACCAAGCCACUCAUAAUUAUUACUACACCAUCUGCAAGUGGGUCAACCACAAGUAUCACUGGACCAACUACAACUGGACCAACCACGACUAUCACUGGACCAACUACGACUGGGUCAACCACAAUUAUUCCUGGACCAACUACAACUGGACCAACUACAACUGGAUCAAUCACGACUAUCACUGGACCAACCACGACUAGGUCAACCACAACUAUCACUGGACCAACUACAACUGGGUCAACCACAAGUAGCGCUGAGCCAAUUAUAACUUGGUCCACAACGGCUGCCACUGGACCAACUACAACUGGACCAAACACGACUAUCAUUGGACCAACUCCAACUGGAUCAACCACGACUAUCAUUGGACCAACUCCAACUGGAUCAACCACAACUAUCACUGGACCAACUACGACUGGGUCAACCACAAGUAUCACUGGACCAACCACGACUAUCAUUGGACCAACUCCAACUGGAUCAACCACGACUAUCAUUGGACCAACUACAACUGGGUCAACCACAACUAUCACUGGACCAACUACGACUGGGUCAACCACAAGUAUCACUGGACCAACCACAACUGGACUAACCACGACUAUCAUUGGACCAACUACAAUUGGGUCAACCACAAUUCUUACUGGACCAACUACAACUGGACCAACCACGACUAUCACUGGACUAAAUACAACUGGAUCAACCACGACUAUUACUGGACCAACUAUAACUAGAUCAACCACAGCUAUCACUGGACCAACUACGACUGGGUCAACCACAACUGCCAUUGGACCAACUACAACUGGAUCAACCACGACUGUCACCAGACCAACUACAAUUGGGUCAACCACAAUUAUUACUGGACCAACUAUGACUGAGUCAACCACAACUGCCACUGGGACAACUACAAUUGGGUUAGCCACAAUUAUUAUUGGACCAACUACAACUGGGUCAACCACAAGUAUUUCUGAGCCAAUUACAACUGGGUCCACAACGGCUGCCACUGGACCAACUACGACUGGGUCAACCACAACUGCUACUGGACCAACUACAACUGGACCAACCACGACUAUCACUGCACCAACUACAACUGGAUCAACCACGACUAUCACUAGACCAACUACAAUUGGGUCAACCACAAGUAUCACUGGACCAGCUACAACUGGACCAACCACAAGUGGAUCAACCACAGUCAUCACUGGACCAGCCACAAGUGGAUCAACCACGACUCUCACUGGAUCACCUACAACUGUGUCAACCACAACUGCCACUGGACCAACUACGACUGGGUCAACCACAACUACCACUGUACUGACUUCAUCUAGGUCAACCCCGAUUGUCACUGGAUCAACUACAACUAGGUCAACCACAAGUGUCACUGAACCAUUUUGCUCCUGUCCAGUACCAAAGGUACCGCAGUGUGAUGGUGGCAAGUUAAUGAAUGUGUCUAAUGGGUGCUGCUGGACUAUGAAAUGUGAAUGUCCAACCACGUGUCCAGAAAAUCCUUCUUGUUCUGGUGGAGAACUCAAAUGGUCCUUUGACGGGUGCUGCAACACAGCAACUUGUGUUUGCCCCCCCUGUCCAGAAACUACAAAACCACAGUGUCCCAGAGGACUGCUAAGGAAUAUCUCUGAUGAUUGCUGCAGCAGAUGGACUUGUGAUUGUCAGUGUGAUCUCUAUGGAGAUCCCCACUACAUCACCUUCCAAGGCACAGCAUAUGACAGCUAUGACAACUGCACUUAUAUCCUGGUGAAGGAGAAGGUGCCACGAUAUAAUUUCCUCGUUGCUGUGGACAACUACCUAGUUAAAUAUUACAAGGGCUCAUUUGUUAAGGGCGUCAUAGUGCAAUAUAUGAAUUCCAGUGCCACCUUAUAUGUAAAUGGAAACAAAAUCCAGUGCCAACUCAACAACAAGAAAAUAGUGCCACCUUACGAAGAUCAGGGGAUGAGAUUUGAGAAAACUGGUUACAAGGUUUUACUGUAUAUUAACAAAAUUCGCUCCAGUGUCUCCAUCUCAGUAAACAGUGACCUAACUGUUACCUUGGCAAUGGAAAACUUUGAGCAUAAUACUGAAGGACAGUGUGGUGUUUGUGCUGGAGCGUCUUGUGUGCGCAGGGAUGGCACGGUCGAGGACGACACGUGCUGUGGACUGACGUCUUCAUCAUGGGUGUAUAACGAUCCCGCAAAGCCUUACUGUAAACCCAAAGACCUUCCUUGUUCGCCUAUUCCUACCAGUCCCAUCUGUCUACCUGACCCUUCAGCUAUGAAGCUCUGUGAUAUCAUUGAUGACAGGUAAGCCAUUUGUCAUUACUGCAUAAAACA